AUAAAAUCUACAGGGAAACUGCUUGAUCGGUUUCAGCAUGUGUAAGUUAAUCAACACUUGACAUGUCCUGUAUCUGUGUACACUUGUCAUAAACCGAUUAUUCAAUGUUUAUACUAAUUAGUGUUGACUUCAUUUUAUUUUAUUGAAUUCUUUUCUGUGUUAGUUAAUGUCUUGUGAAAAAGUGGCAGAUUACAUAAGAUUAUUCCACUUUCUGCUUCUUUUCAUUCAAGAUUUGAGAUUUUGUCUUUGCAUUUAUAUUGUUUUGUUUGGUCAAAGAAUUAAAUAAACUUAUAAAAAGUACAAUAGAUUAGGGAAAUACAAAUAAAAUGUUUUCAACUGAUGGGAAAAUAUAAGUUUGUAGCACUUUUUAAAAUUAUUAUCAUUCAUACAAUUUGCUUGCUUUUGAAUCAAACCAAAUGUCGUUCCAGAGUUCAGCGAUGUCUCUAAUAGUCUCGUUGUUUGUGCUGACGUUGGUGACUCAGUGCUGGACGGCUCCACAGAGGAGGAACUGGACUCCACAGGCCAUCUUAUAUCUGAAAGGAGCACAGGGACAUCGCUCAGUGCUGCAGCGAAACAGCCGAGGCAAAGAUGACACUUCACUCACGGUGACUCACAAACUGAGUGGUGAUGGACUGGUGAUAUCUUGGGCCUCGUCCGUCCUCCUGCAGCUUCUGCAGCGAGCCGUGGAAGAAGGUCCAACCCUGAGAGACAUCACCAACACGCUUCCUGUCAAUCAUCCAUCAUAUACGUUUUUUCUUCCUCAGGGGGACACAAAUUAGACGAUUCCCGAGAUGAACAUUAAACAUUACUGUUGCUGAACUGAAUUGUAUUAAA